AGUUCUCCAUGUGGUGAAUCUGAGGACUGUUUUUGAUGGAUUAGCAUGUUCUUGUUGCUUUCACUGCUGGAUGUCAAGUAAAAAGCUGUCACGCUGGCGUGUUUGUUGCUCUCUGUUUUGCUUGAGCAAGAUGGAACCAAGCACUGAAUUCCUGACUUCAUUUAAGCCGGAGCAGUCCAAUGGUGGUGUUUGAUCGGCUUCUCUCCAGUCUGUUGUUUUUUCUGGGAGGAUGCCGACAACAGCUGCUUGAGCCAACUAAAUGCCGCUUCCCACACUUGUUCACAGCCCAUCCCAGCCCAAGGAAUACGGGGCAGAAGGGCAGCUGUGUCGGAGGGCAGAAGUCCAGCUCUCUGUGGUAGGUCAUGGCAGUGCUUGCCCAGCCCCACGCUCAAGCAGCCAGGGAAGGCUGUGGUUGGAAGGGGCUGGCUGGCUGCUGGCUCAGGAAAUAGCCUGCGGUGUCAAACCCAGAACUUUCCCUUGUUGAUCUGUGUAGGAACUACACUCUGAGCAGUCUGGGUGUGUCCUCGAGGUCUCUCUGUAUGGCAUCUUCUGCUGAGAGCUGGGGUCUGGGCUGUGACAGCAGUUGUCUCUGGACCCUUCCCUGGCAUGGGGAAUGUCUGUGAUGCCCUGCUCCGCCCCUAACAGUGCAAGAUAGAGAUCUUUGGGGUUUUAUGUUAGUAAUGUGACUCUUGAGAGCAAGUGCUUAUUUUUGAUUUGUCAGAGUUUCUGAAUGCCCCAUCUUAUUUUUUUUCCUUAAUAGUGUAGCAAAUUAAUAUUACUUUUGUUUUAAAAACCAAUAAUGUGAGUGUUCUUUUCCUUUUAGAGUUGAUCUUUGUCUUGCCUCACUGGAUCCAUGCAGCAGCUUCCUUACUUCGGUGGCCAUUUUUUUAGCUCCAUUUGACUUCAGACUUCCACUUUUUUUUUUUAAUAGGUGUAUCUUUUGUCCAACAGAAGAAAGAAUUUCUUUUAUUGUACACUGUUCUUAAAUCAGCAACUUGGAAACUAUUAAAGAUUGAAAUGCAAAACUGAUAUUAAUGUACAUUAUUUUUAAUAAGUUUUUUUAAAUAAGUUAUUUGUCUCUGGUAGCCAUUAAAACACAAAGAUAAAUGUGUCUGCACUGAACUGAUGCUUCAUUAGGUAUACUUGAACAUCUGUUAAGUGAUCUGAAUUUGACAAUUAGCACUCUAUAACUGGUCAAUUUAUUUACUCUUUUUAAAGCCACCAUGUUUUUAUUUUUUUUAAUUAUUGGUUAUUUUACUUAAGAAAAAUCUCAAAAGCUAGUUUAGGCUGAUACAAUAUGGAGAAGUGCACUACCAGAAUAUGUUUCACCUUUAAAGGAGAGGACGUAGUCAGGAAUUUGAAUGUUUCAGAUUAGUUUCUUCAGUAUCUUAGAAGUAAUAGAUUUUAUGCCCUUUUUAGAAAUCUUUUUUUUAGAUUUCUUGCAAUUUUAACUUUAAUUGCAGAGGCUAGAUCAAUCUACUAAUUGACUUCAAUUGGUUGAAUAUAGUGGAAAGAUGAACAUGUUUUACCUGCACACAACAUGGUGUGGCUGUCCUCAAAAGCCAGUGUUGCAUCUCAGUGAAACCUGGUUUCAGGAGUAUGGUGAGGUUACAGUGCAAACUGGAGAUCUGUUGCCAUGUAAGAUUUGUGGAAGAACUUUCUUUCCAGCAGCGCUGAAAAAGCAUGGACCCAUUUGCCAAAAAACUUCUGCCAAGAAGAGGAAGACCUUUGAUUCCAGCCGACAGAGAGCAGAAGGAACUGACAUUCCCACAGUGAAACCUCUUAAACCACGGCCAGAGCCACCCAAAAAACCUUCUAACUGGAGACGAAAGCAUGAGGAAUUUAUAGCAACUAUACGAGCAGCCAAAGGACUUAAUCUUAAAGAUGGUGGAAAACUCCCUCCACCACCUCCACCAUCGUAUGACCCUGAUUACAUUCAGUGUCCAUACUGCCAGAGGAGAUUUAAUGAAAAUGCAGCUGACAGGCACAUCAAUUUCUGUAAGGAGCAAGCUGCACGUAUUACUAAUAAGGGGAAAUUGGCAGCUGAUACCAAAGGGAAGCUUCCUACUCGAACUCAGUACAAACCUGCUCCAGUUAAGAAGAUGCCUUCUGUAGGAUCAACACCAUCACCAUCAUCACGCUUACCACAGCCAAGUGGUGUUAGCAAAACUGUUGUAGGUGUCUCUUCAGGUAAAGCACUGUCUUCAUCUGGAUCCAGUGGGAGCAAAAUUCAGACGUUAUCACCAGCUCAUAAAAACUCGCCGGGAGCGGUGAACCCACAGGCAGGUAAGAUGGACGAGUUAGGCCCACCACUGCGAACUGGAAGAGAUGUGCAAAGGUUUUAUGACACUGAUACAAAAACAGACAGUACCAUCAAAAGGCCAGAUAAGUUGUUGCCUGUGAAGAAAGGCGCAACAAAAACCCGGACAUCAACCCCUCCUGGUGUGGCAAGAGCUAUGAGCACGGGUGCUUUGACAAACAGAAGAAAAACUAGCAAUUCAGACAUUCACUCAAGGUCUGAUGGGAAAACUGGGUAUGACAAUGGAGACUGCCCAUCCUCAGUGAAUGGAGGAAGUGCAAAAAGCAGCGAAGGAAUUUCACCUGUACAGUUAUCCAAGUUCUGCCAUGAAUGUGGAACUAAGUAUCCAGUGGAAUGGGCAAAGUUCUGCUGUGAGUGUGGAAUUCGAAGAAUGGUUGUGUGAACACAUCCUUUAAAGCAGAAAGAAAACAAGAAAUUGGAACAUCUGCUAUGUACUGUUGCAUGGAAAGCUUGAGUACUCCAUCCAGUUAGGCUUCAUGCUGCAAAAGUCAAAACAUCACUUUGUAAUUUUCUGAGUGCAAUCUUCUGGUUACACAGUUAUUUAUAAACAAUGAUAUAUACUGUAUAUAAAAAUAGCAGCUACCUAAAACUGUGCCAUUCAAGGAAAUACUCUUUACUCUGUGUUGAAAAUAUUUAGAAGUAAAGUAAAAAUGCUUUAAGUAACCUAGGUAGUAGAAGAGGUUCAAUGUUAUUUUUCAUUGUAAAUCCUACUAGGCAAAGGAUUUUAAAAAUCUCUUAUGUAGGAUAAUGCUUACCUAUAGGGAACUAGCCAUGAACAACUUGGGCUUCAAAAGUUUCUCUGUGGAGGCAUUUCUUUCAUCUAUGACAGUAACUUAGAUGCUGUGUUCUAAAUGAAAACAACAUGAGGAACUCCUUAUAAAUUCCUAGAUAAAAGUGUAAAAAGUUCAGAUCUUUAAACUCUUUAACAGUAAUAUGCUAAUUGGACUUUCCAGUUGUUUCCUAGGAUUUUUUAAAGAAUCAAAGUGGAAAGACUACCUGAGAAUUCUCUUUGCAUCUAAGACGAAAGGCAAGAUUUUCUUUUUGUGGCUUUCCAUGUUCUGUUUUUCAGUAAAAGCAUGUUAAUAUUUUUAUGUAUUUAUAAGGAAAAAUAUGGUAAUCAUUUUAUUAUUAUUCAUUUUAUUAAGUUCCUUUUGUUUCAAAAUACUUGUCUUUCUCCUCCUGUGCUCCACCAUGACUAGCAUAUCUAAAGGUGUUGUGCUUUGUCCUGUUUCCAAAGGUCCUGCUUGGUUUUUUUCUUUUCCCUCAUUUCCUCAAGCAGAGUCGAAGUCUAUGCCUAUCCUACCUAAAUGUUGAACUCCUUUUUUGAAAACAGCCUUCUUGAUGUAUCCAAUACCAAAAAAAAUUAGUUCUAUAAAAAUGAGUGCUAUUAGAGCAGUAGAUCUUGAUGUAAGUAGUGAAUCUUUUUUUAUUCUUAUUCCUGUGAAAAUAGCACAGCUUACACAUAUGAAUGCGUAGGGGAGUAACUGUGCUUCACUGCUAUCAAUACCUGACUUUUUUUUUUUUUCCUGCUAUUUUGUUUAUUUCUGAUCUCAAAACAGCAGUUUCUUCAAGUUAGUAAUAGACUUCACAUUAAUCCAUUGGGAAGAAGGGAGAGACUCAAAGUUGUUGGGUUUUUUACUAAUUACACAGUAAAUUACACAUUUACUAAUAAAACCAUUCACAAGCCAAAUCACUUAACAUGUACCUUAAUGUUGUAAUUUAUUUUGUGAAGUUUUGCUUUGAAGUACUUGCACCAUCUUCAUUAUGCGUGACAGAACAAUCUGAAAUAACAUAACUGUGCCUUUCCCACAGUAAAUACAUUUUUUGUCAGAAGCUGGUACUUUCAGCUCACAAACACCAUUAGUUUCAAUUCAUUUAAUUUCUUUGCAAAUUAGACAAAAUGUAAUAUAGUGUUCCAUUAUAGUGUUAUGGUCAUUGCUUACAUUCUCAAAAAUUGUGAUUAUCAAUGGGGCCAAUUUGGAAGAAAGCAUGAUUGAAGAAAAACAUCUUCAAAGCAGAUACCAGUCUUAAGAAUGAGUGAUUUAAGAGACUUGAUGUAGUUAUGUUGCAGGCCACCAGCUAUUCAUGUUUUAAAAUUAGUUCAGUGAAUGUCUUAUGCCUUUUAUACAAUUCUUUUUAAAUAAAUUAUACCUCAUUUAGUGUAGUCUUUUCACAAUUGGUGUAAACUGGCUACUGAGCAUGACAGGAUGGAUGACCGGUAGUGAUACUUUGAGCUGACAAAUCCUAGCCAGUUUAUUUUCUAGGAGUUUAGAUUCUAGGAUCCAUAUUAUGGCACAUUCAUGUUUGUGUUUAGAAAAACCGGAAUUCUGCAUUCUUUCCUUAGAUAAGCCUGCUUUGGUGAUCUUGCCCUGAACUUGGGCCAUAGAGGUCUGCAGACUGAUGUAUUGUGAGCUGAGAGUCCAACAGCAAAGAUAACAGUCCAGAAUAGGUUUGAUCAGAUAGUGAAUCUACUCUUGCCUGAUGAAUUUGCAGUUGUUUCUGCUGGAAAAUGCAUUUUUCCAUUUAUUAAAAAUGCUUUCUACAAAGGAAAUGUUUAGUACAGCACUAAAUACCUUUCAGAUUUUCUAGGAUUACUGUAACUCCAGGAAAAAAACAUAUUGACUCUUUCUCCUUUGAAUUGUAGGUGGCAGAUCUCCGAAUUUCAAAUCAAUACUCAUACAAUUAUUGUAUUUUCUGCUUGGUGAGCUGUUUUUGAGCUUCUUUGCUUUCAAUGCAGCAUUUAGUAAAUUACUUGAGUAGCUCAUCAUUUGCUUCUUUUACACUUACGUGAUCUAUCAUGCAGGUGAGAUAGGGAAUUAACCUGAACACAUUAAAAGGUUUUUAAACUUGAUCUUUUAAUUUGGCCCUACAAAGAAUGUCUAUGAAACAUACUCAGCUAUUGAUAGUAACCCUGGAUAAUGUGCAUGUGUUGUAAUCCACAGUAAAUAUAAGCAGACAAUGAAAUUCUUUUUGACUGUGUAGUUUGGUGCUAUAUGGUAAGACUUACCAUAUGAGGCCAAAUAUGUUUUGUAUUUUUCAACUGGUUUUGUUACUGAAUGACAUAGGUUUCUGAAGUCUGUGGUGUUACAGACCCUAGUCUGUAUUACUCAAGGUAUCAGCACAGAUCACUGUAAUUCCAUCUCAGUGGAUGUUUGUACAAAACAGUGGAUUACUUUUCCUAAUAUCCCCAAAGAACUGAAUGUGAGAAACAAAUUUGUUAUAUUCACAGAAAAAAAAAUUCCAGGGAGUUGGACUGAAUUUUCAAUCUUUAUUUUAUUGCAUGUGUUAAGACGUUCCCAAAUUUAAUUUAUUGGUGAUCUACAUCCAAACCCUCUUGCUGUAGUCUUCUCCACACCCUUAUGCCUUGGUUUUCAUGGGAGGAAAAAACAUAAACUAUGCACUGUCUGUUUAUAGUGAAAUUUAGUGAUGCAAUUGUUAUGAUGAUUCCUAUACCAAUGUAUAACCCUAUGACAGGUUUACUGUCUGCCAUUUUAUCUUCUCAAUGUUCUUACUAAGGUUCUUCCAUUCUUUAAAGAAGGGGGAGGGGUAAAAAGGUCAAUGGUGAAAUUCCAUUUAAAGAAACAAGAAGAGGCUGGUUUUGAUGUUUGACCUGAGGGAGUUUGCAUUCCCAUUCUACUUUUGUGAUUUUCUCUUAUACAAAGGACCUCUCUGUGCCAGGAAGUAGUACAAGAUCAUUGGAACUAUGCUGAUAGAAGUGCAAUGGAGUUAUGAAAAAUGCUAGCUUCAAUAGUAAAAACAGCAUAGCAUAAAGCUUAAUCUCUGUAUGAUAUACUUUACACAGGUUUAUAUUUAUGCAUGAUGCCCACACCCUAGGUAGUUUCAGAACUGGAAUCUCCAAAUACACAGCAAUUAAAAUAUGUGUUUAUAUGAAUAAUUUGUCUUACACACCGCUGCAAGGAGGUGGACACAGGGAAGUGCUUCACCCCCAUUUCAGGUUGUAACUAUGAAAUGAACAUAUAGGCAGAAUUUUUCAAAUUUGCCAAAGAGACUCAAAGAGCCCUUGAACUCCCUGGAGGGACAGGGAAAGCUCCACCUGAGAGUUCCCUGGCUGGGAGGGCAUCAGGCAGGGGGAGCUGUCCUCGGUGCUCCAGCUCUGAGCCUCUCCCGUGCUGCUGGGGCAGCGGCCACUCCAGUGCAGCCACAUGUCCUGUGCCUUCACAGAGUGGGAACUCCAGAUUGUAUUGUCACACCUGACCCAGUCUUUAUGUAUCAUGGAAGUGCUCUGUCAUCUGCAAGGGACUAACUCCUAAUUCACCAUCACAGCUUGAGAGCUGGUGCCUGAAAUGCAGGGAGAACAUUUUCAUGAUGCCUGCUUACCAAGUCAGUGGAAGGAGGUAUGACUGCAGUACUUUAAAUAAGAUAUGUGCACACUGAUGUGUAGACUCUACGUAAAUAGUCUGCAUAUAAAAUUAAAUUAUAUUGUCUAUGUAUUACAAAGGUCACAAGAAGUGCUAGUUUCCAUCACACAGACUUUAUAUAUCUGCAAAGAACAAACCUGUUAUUAGUGUUUUUAGUCUUGGCUGAAAAAAUUGUGUUUAGUAAGAGCACUUUUUUCAAUUUUAUUUCUAUCCAGUUUGACUAAGCUAUGAAUAGUUAUAUGGGUUGUAUGAGAAAGUAGAAUUUUCAUCUUUGUUUCAGUACUCUGGUGAAAAUAGUUUAAUUGCCUUUCAAGUACAUCUUAUUCCAUCUUGUGAUUGUUUAGUUGCUGGUUGGUUUGGUUGGUUUUUUCAAUCUUGCUAAGUAAGGUUUGAGUGACCUAAUUGUGUUGUUGGAAGAAGUGUUAGGUAAAAGACUUCAUUAGCUGAAUUCAGUAGUUACUUGGUUGAUAUUUUCAUUCCAGUAUUCACAGUAUAAGAGAUUAGUCUUGCAUACGAGUUCAUUUUUUGGUUUGUUUUGGGUUUGGUUUUUUGGUGUUAUGUCAGUCCAGAAUAAUACACAUUUCUGGAGGAUCUUAUUUAGUCCCAUUCUACUUCAUCUUGCCAGAAAACAGCUUCUUCAUAUUUUCUCUUAAUAAGUGUUUGUUCUUUACAAAAAUAAUUGAUAGGGAAAUUAUAUUUUCCCAAUUUGAACGUUUGAGUCAGCAAAUCAAAUACUCAGUUUAAUGUGGCUGAAUAUUGAACCCACGUUCUAAACAGAAGUGCAUGGUUUACCAUAGUUCUGUAUUUCAGUUUGGCUUUCUGGCAGAACCGUGAAUGAAUUUGGGUGGGGUCUGUAAAGUGCUGAGUACAGUACAACUGUUACAAACAGUUGUAACUGUAACUCUUGGUGUUCUAACUCUUGGUGUUCCUCCUGCAUAUGCCACUUAAUAUGUUUCUCUUCAUAAGUUUUAUUUAUUAAUGUUCUGUGUUUUUAAAUGGCGUGUUCAUUCAUGUGUUGGACGUGAUUAAUUUUUUCAGCAUUGCAUUUGUUAUGUUUGCCUUCCCCCUCAGUACAUGGAAUAUUUCUUUGUGACCAUCCAGUGAGGUGGUUUAUUUGCCAGGAUUCCUUGGUUUGUUUGCCUCUUGUUUUGUAUAUUAUGUUUGUUUUAAAGUGUCAGUUCUGUUUUAAUUAAUAAAUGUAAACCACCACCUAAUGCUGAUUUGGCACUUGUUAACAAUAAAGCAAAUAUGCCAGUAAAGCUUCUUGUGAUGUGCA